CAGUUCAGCGAGCCUUUGGUCGCGUUGCGAUUAGAGAUUAGUAAAGCGGUGAGCCCUGUUGAAGGAGCCUGUUGCGGAAAAGUGAAAGUAUAUUCUCAACAGGUGGCGGCGGCUGCAAGGAGUACAUUUGUGGGAACUAAUGGCGGUUACGAGCAGAAAACCUUUGCAAAACAGGCAAGUGGCGUCUCUUUUCCUUUUUUUGUGUGUAUCUGUGGGGGAUGCAGCCACCAUCCGCUAUUCGGUGGCAGAGGAAAUGGAGAGCGGCUCGUUUGUAGCCAAUGUGGCUAAGGAUUUGGGGCUGGAGGUAGGGAAGCUGGUUGCGCGCGGGGCUAGGCUAGUUUCCGAGGGCAACAAGCUGCAUUUCCGGCUCCACCGCAAGACGGGAGAUUUGUUCGUGAAGGAAAAAUUGGAUCGGGAGUCACUUUGUGGCAAAGCUGACCCAUGCGUUCUGCACUUUGAAAUUGUCCUGGGAGAGCCGCUGCAGUCCUUCCGUGUGGAAGUCAGGGUAUUUGAUAUCAAUGACAAUGCCCCGAGUUUUCAAAACAAGGAACCACUGUUAAAGAUUCCGGAGAGCACUCCUUUGGGUUCACGUUUUCCUCUGCAGAGCGCCCAGGAUUUGGACGUGGGCCUCAACGGUCUCCAAAACUACACCCUAAGCGCCAACGCAUAUUUUCACCUGCACACCCGCUUCCGGAGCCAUGGGCCCAAAUAUGCCGAGCUAGUGCUGGAUAAACCCCUGGAUAGAGAGGAACAGGCUGAAGUUAACUUAACAAUUACUGCGGUGGAUGGCGGGUCCCCACCCAAGUCUGGCACUGCACACAUCCGCGUGGUGGUUCUGGAUGUCAAUGACCACGUGCCCCAGUUCUCACGAUUGGUGUAUCGUGCUCAGGUACCAGAGAAUAGCUCCAUUGGUUCUUUGGUGGCUACAGUGACUGCCACGGAUCUAGAUGAGGGCACCAACAAGGAGAUAACUUACUCGUUAGCUCAAAACCCAGAAGCAAUUCUCCAGACAUUUCAAAUUGAUUCUCAUACUGGAGAGGUUCGGCUCCGAGAGCCACUAGAUUUUGAAGCUACAGAAACAUAUGACAUUGACGUUCAAGCUACGGAUGGAGGAGGACUCUCUGCCCACAGCAAAGUUCUGGUGGAAGUGAUGGAUGUAAAUGACAAUCCUCCUGAAGUGAUGGUCUCCUCUGUGUCUAGCCCUCUGCCUGAGGACUCGCCACUACAGACUGUGGUGGCCCUCUUUACUAUCAGAGAUCGGGACAUCAGAGUGGGAGGAAAAAUCACUUGCUUCCUCAGAGAAGACCUUCCCUUUGUAGUCAAACCUACAUUCCGAAAUUCUUAUUCACUGGUGACUGACAAAAGCUUGGAUCGUGAGGAUGUCUCAGGCUACAAUAUCACUAUUGUUGCCAUGGACACAGGACCACCCAACCUGUCCACAGAGACUGUGAUAGAGGUGCUAAUAUCUGACAUUAAUGACAAUCCUCCAAUGUUUCAGAAAGAUUCCUAUGUCUUGACUGUUCGAGAAAACAACAGCCCUGCAGUUUUUAUUGGUAAAGUCCAUGCUGAGGAUCUAGAUUUGGGUGAGAAUGCCCAAGUGACAUAUUCUCUGUUGCCUCCAAAAAGUGGGGAUCUAUCAGUCUUUGCUUACAUCUCCAUAAAUUCAGAUAAUGGGAAGCUGUAUGCUUUGAGAACUAUGGAUUAUGAAGCCAUUCAAGAUUUUCAGUUUGUGGUAAAGGCAACUGAUGGGGGCUUCCUGACACUGAGUAGCCAAGUUAUUGUCAGAGUGGUUGUUCUGGAUGACAAUGACAAUCGUCCAAUGAUCUUGUACCCAUUGCAGAAUGGCACUUUGCCCUGCAAUGACCUGGUGCCCAGAUCUGCAGAGGCAGGCUAUCUGGUGACCAAAGUGGUGGCUGUUGAUGGUGAUUCAGGUCAAAAUUCUUGGCUUUCAUACCAUCUACUUAAAGCCACCGACCUUGGGUUAUUCUCUGUUCAGCGACAAAAUGGGGAAAUCCGAACAUUGAGGCAGAUAUCUGAGAGAGACCCCAUGAUGCAGAAACUGACUAUUCUUGUUCAAGAUCAUGGCCAACCAGCUCUUUCCACUACUGCCUCACUGAAUAUCCUGCUGGUAGAUGGCUUUUCAGAGCCUUAUCUGAGGUUCUGGGAUCCAUCCAAGCAUUCUAAGAAGGUAAACUCAACCACUAAAUAUUUGGUUAUUUCUCUGGCUGUGCUUUCCUUUCUGUUUCUUCUCUCUGUUACAGUGAUCUUCAUUAUUCACAUCUACCAGAAGAUUAAACACAGAGACACAUUCACAAUUCAAGAGCAUUUCUAUGAUGACUGUAACUUCCCUAAAAACCUGGUACAAGGAGAAGGCAAUGGAUCCUUAUCUCGGCCUUGUACAUAUGAAAUAUGCUCAGCCACUGGCACUGGCAAUAGUGAGUUCCGGUUUCUUAAGCGCUUUAUGCCCAAUUUUCCUUUCCCUCAUGCCUCUGGAGAGGUAAGAACAGAGGACAGAUCCAGUUUACCAACAGAUUCUAACAGGAAUAGGUCUCGGGGGUCAGAGGACCAUACCCAGGUAUCUGAUGACUAUAUGACAUAUCUUCUUCCAAUCUUACAGGAAGAUAUUUGUGAGAGAAGAGUCAGCGACUACGGUUUGCUGAGAGACCAGAAAGCAAUGGAAACCAGAGACAGAAAGGAACUCCUUCUGGAACAAAGGCAAGUCCUGAUAUUCUUUGUCUUGCUGGGCAUGGCUCUGGCUGGUUUUGAGAGUAGGCGCUAUUCGGUGGCUGAGGAAAUGGAGAGUGGCUAUUUUGUGGCCAAUUUAUUAAAAGACUUGGGGCUGGAAGUAGAUGAACUGAUUGUGCGGGGUCCCCGGGUUGUGUCCAAAGGGAAAAAACUGAGUUUACAGUUUGAUAGGCAGACAGGGGAUUUAUUUUUAAAUGAGAAGCUGGACCGAGAGGAGUUAUGUGGUUCUACAGAGCCCUGUGUAUUACCUUUCCAGGUGUUAUUGGAAAAUCCCUUGCAGUUUUUUCAGGCUGAGCUACAGAUUAGGGACAUAAAUGAUCAUUUUCCAGUCUUCCUAGACAAAGAAAUAUUUUUGAAAAUUUCAGAAAGUACCACACCCGGAACCACUUUCCUAAUAGAACGUGCCCAGGACUUAGAUGUAGGAAGCAAUAGUCUCCAAAAUUACACAAUCAGCCCCAAUUUCUACUUUCAUCUUACAACACAAGACAGUGCUGAUGGCAUAUUACCACAGCUGGUGUUGGACAAAGCACUGGAUCGAGAGGAACAGCCUGAGCUCAGGUUAACUCUUACAGCGCUGGAUGGCGGUACUCCACCAAGGUCUGGUACUGCCCUGGUCCGCAUUGAAAUCUUGGACAUCAAUGACAAUGCCCCUGAGUUUACAAAAGUACUCUAUGAGGUGCAGGUUCCAGAAAACAGCCCCAUUGGAUCCCACGUUGCUACUGUCUCUGCCAGGGAUUUAGAUAUUGGAGUUUAUGGACAAAUAUCUUAUGCAUUUUUCCAAGCCUCUGAAGAUAUUCGCAAAACCUUUCAAAUAAAUGCAAAAUCGGGAGAACUCCUUUUAACACAAAAGCUGGAUUUUGAAUCAGUUCAGACUUACACUAUAAAUAUUCAGGCAACAGAUGGUGGGGGACUUUCUGCAAGUUCUGUGGUUCUUAUCCAAGUGAUAGACUUGAAUGACAACCCUCCAGAACUGACCAUGUCCACACUUAUCAAUCAAAUACCAGAAAACUUGCAGGAAACCAUAAUUGCCAUAUUCAGUGUUUCAGAUUCUGACUCUGGAGACAACGGAAGAAUAGUGUGCUCUAUCCCAGAUGAUCUUCCUUUCUUCCUGAAACCUUCUGUAGAGAACUUUUACACUCUGGUGACAAACACAGCCCUGGACAGGGAGACCAGGCCUGAGUAUAAUGUCACCAUCACUGUUAGUGACAUGGGGACACCCAGGCUGAAAACUGAGCACAGCAUAAUAAUCCUCGUUUCUGACGUCAAUGACAAUGCCCCUGCUUUCUCCCAAAUGUCGUACACGCUGUUGGUGCACGAGAACAACCAGCCCGCUCUGCACAUAGGCAGUGUCAACGCCACAGACAGAGACUCAGGCACCAAUGCCCAGAUCACCUACUCGCUGCUGCCAAACCAGGACCCACACCUGCCCCUCGCCUCGCUGGUUUCCAUCAACGCAGACAAUGGGCAGCUGUUCGCGCUGAGGGCGCUGGACUUCGAGGCCCUGCAGGCAUUCGAGUUCCGCGUGGGCGCCACAGACCAAGGCUCGCCCGCGCUCAGCAGCCAGGCGCUGGUGCGCGUGGUGGUGCUGGACGAAAAUGACAACUCGCCCUUCGUGCUGUACCCAAUGCAGAACGCCUCUGCGCCCUGCACUGAGCUGGUUCCCAGGGCGGCAGAGCAGGGCUACCUGGUCACCAAAGUGGUGGCGGUGGAUGGAGACUCGGGCCAGAACGCCUGGCUGUCAUACCAGCUGCUCAAGGCCACGGAACCUGGGCUGUUUGGCGUGUGGGCGCACAAUGGCGAGGUGCGCACCGCCAGGCUGCUGAGCGAGCGCGACGCGGCCAGGCACAGGCUGGUGGUGCUGGUCAAGGACAAUGGCGAGCCUCCGCUGUCUGCCAGCGUCACGCUGCACGUGCUGCUGGUGGAUGGCUUCUCCCAGCCCUACCUGCCGCUCCCGGAAGUGGCGCCCGAGCGCGCGCAGGAGGACUUGCUCACUGUCUACUUGGUCAUCGCCUUGGCCUCGGUGUCAUCGCUCUUCCUCUUCUCUGUGCUGGUGUUCUUGGCGGUGAGGCUGUGCAGGAGGCGCAGGGCGGUGCCGCUGGGUGUCUGUUCUAUUCCUGAGGGCCACUUUCCGGGUCACCUGGUGGAUGUUAGUGGCACGGGUACCCUGUCUCAGAGCUACCAAUAUGAAGUGUGUUUGAUGGGCAGCUCAGGCACCAGCGAGUUCAAAGUUCCUAAGCCCAUUAUCCCCAGUUUCCUUGCUCAAGGUGUGGAGACAGAAAGGGACGAAAAUCCCAGUUUCAGGAAUAAUUUUGAAUUCACCACUGAUUAUUUACCAGGUUGGAAUUUCCAGGACUUUGCAUUCCCAGAGCCUUCUGAAGCUCGGCUUGGCUACAUUCCUUGGAAGAAUAUAGCAAGAAGUGCAAUGGAGGCCAGAGGGGAGAGCUUUCUUAGACAAAGGCAAGUCCUGCUUUUCUUUGUUUAUGUGGGUGGGUUUCUGGCUGGGUUCGAGUCAAGACCCUAUUCAGUGGCUGAGGAAAAAGAGAGAGGCUUUUUAAUAGCCAAUCUAGCAAAGGAUCUAGGGCUAACUGUUGAGGAACUGGUGGCAAGGGGGGCCCAAAUUGUAUCGAAAGGAAACAAACAGCAUUUUCAGCUCAGUCAUCACACCGGUGAUUUGCUUCUGAAGGAAAAAAUGGACAGGGAGGAGCUAUGUGGCCCUACAGAGUCAUGUAUACUGCAUUUUCAGGUAUUACUGCAAAACCCUUUCCAGUUAAUUACACAAGAGAUUCAAAUCAUAGAUGUAAAUGACCAUGCUCCAAUAUUCUUUGAAAAUGAAAUGGAGCUGAAAAUCCCAGAAAACUCUCCACCAGGAACAGUAAUUCCUUUGGAAUAUGCUGAGGAUUUGGAUGUGGGAAAAAACAGUCUCCGAAACUACACAAUUGCUCCCAAUUCCUAUUUUCACGUUCUCAUGCGCAGUCGGAAAGAUGGAAGGAAGUACCCAGAACUAGUACUGGACAGAGCGCUGGAUCGAGAGGAGCUGCCUGAGUUCAGUUUAACACUCAUGGCACUGGAUGGUGGGUCGCCACCAAGGUCUGGGACAGCCCAGAUCCACAUUCUGGUCUUAGACAUAAAUGACAAUGCCCCAGAAUUUGCACAGUCCCUCUAUGAAGUUCAAAUUCUAGAGAACAUCCCUAUUAACUCUGUCAUUGUCACUGUUUCAGCUUCUGAUUUAGAUACAGGAAGUUUUGGGGCAAUAUCAUAUUCAUUUUUUCAUGCUUCAGAAGAAAUUCUCAAAACUUUUCAACUAAAUCCAAUUACUGGUGAUAUGCAAUUAGUUAAAUAUUUGAAUUUUGAAGCAAUAAAUAAUUAUGAAGUCGACAUAGAGGCCAAGGAUGGUGGAGGUCUUUCAGGAAAAUCUACAGUCAUAAUUCAGGUGGUUGAUGUGAAUGACAACCCACCAGAACUGACUCUGUCAUCAGUUAACAGUCCUAUCCCUGAGAAUUCGGUAGAGACUGUGGUAGCGAUUUUCAGUGUUUCUGAUCUAGACUCUGGAGACAAUGGAAGAGUGAUGUGUUCCAUCCAGAACAAUCUCCCCUUCGUCCUGAAACCAUCCUUAGAGAAUUUUUACACCCUAGUGUCUGAAGGAACGUUGGACAGAGAAAGCAGAGCAGAAUAUAACAUCACCAUCACAGUCACCGACAUGGGGACACCCAGACUGAAAACCGAGCACAGCAUAAUAAUCCUUAUCUCUGACGUCAAUGAUAACACCCCUGCCUUCUCCCAAACGUCAUACACGCUGUUGGUGCACGAGAACAACCAACCCGCCCUGCACAUAGGUAGCGUCAGCGCCACAGACAGAGACUCAGGCACCAAUGCCCAGAUCACCUACUCGCUGCUGCCAAACCAGGACCCACACCUGCCCCUCGCCUCGCUGGUCUCCAUCAACGCAGACAAUGGGCAGCUGUUCGCGCUGAGGGCGCUGGACUUCGAGGCCCUGCAGGCGUUCGAGUUCCACGUAUGCGCCACAGACCAAGGCUCUCCUGCGCUCAGCAGCCAGGCGCUGGUGCGCGUGGUGGUGCUGGACGACAACGACAACUCGCCCUUCGUGCUGUACCCGCUGCAGAAUGCCUCUGCGCCCUGCACCGAGCUGGUGCCCAGGGCGGCAGAGCAGGGCUACCUGGUCACCAAAGUGGUGGCGGUGGAUGGAGACUCGGGCCAGAACGCCUGGCUGUCAUACCAGCUGCUCAAGGCCACGGAACCUGGGCUGUUUGGCGUGUGGGCGCACAAUGGCGAGGUGCGCACCGCCAGGUUGCUGAGCGAGCGCGAUGCUGCCAGGCACAGGCUGGUGGUGCUGGUCAAGGACAAUGGCGAGCCUCCGCUGUCUGCCAGCGUCACGCUGCACGUGCUGCUGGUGGAUGGCUUCUCCCAGCCCUACCUGCCGCUCCCGGAAGUGGCGCCCGAGCGCGCGCAGGAGGACUUGCUCACUGUCUACUUGGCCAUCGCCUUGGCCUCGGUGUCGUCGCUCUUCCUCUUCUCUGUGCUGAUGCUCUUGGCGGUGAGGCUGUGCAGGAGGCGCAGGGCUGUGCCGCUGGGUGUCUGUUCUAUUCCUGAGGGCCACUUUCCGGGUCACCUGGUGGAUGUUAGUGGCACGGGUACCCUAUCUCAGAGCUACCAAUAUGAAGUGUGUCUGAUGGGAGGCUCAGGGACUAGUGACUUCCUGAGUCCAAUCAUCCCCACUAGUGUGAUUCAAGACCCUUAUGGAAAUCAACGUGUAAGAAGCUUUGCAAAAAAUACGGAGUUACCAGGAGGUUUGGACAGAGAUAUUCUAAAUCAAUUUGAGACUACAAACAACUUUGUAAGGAUUCCUGCACGCAAGAAAUUAGAACUGAAGGUCUCAAGUUUUUCUGUGAUUGGUGAAGGGAUUGGAUGUAAGCAAUCUGACUCCAACAUGGAGAAGCUGGAAAGAAUUCAACCAAACAGGCAAGUGAUGGUCUUUAUUUUUAUGGUGUUCAUGCCUCAGGGUCGCACGGAGCCUCUUCGUUAUUUUAUACAGGAGGAAACAGAGAGCUGCUCCUUUGUAGCCCAUCUGACCAAGGACCUGGGCCUGGGAACUGGGGAACUGGCUGCCCGGUCUGCUCGAGUUGUGUCUGAUGAUGACAAACAGCAUUUGCUGUUGGAUCCUCAGACUGGGGAUUUGCUUCUCAGGGAGACAUUAGACCGGGAAGAGCUGUGUGGCCCUAUUGAACAGUGUGUACUGUAUUUCCAUGUCUUGCUGGAAAUGCCAGUGCAAAUUUUUCAGGGAGAAUUAUGGAUCCAGGACAUAAAUGACCACUCUCCAGCAUUCACUGAUGGGGAAGUGCUCUUGAAAAUACCAGAAAACAGCCAGCCAGGGACUCUAUUUCCAUUGAAAGUAGCCCAGGAUUUGGAUGUGGGUAGCAAUGGGCUUCAAAAAUACACCAUCAGUCCCAAUUCUCAUUUUCACAUCCUUACACGAAAUCACAGUGAGGGCAAGAAAUACCCAGACCUGGUACAAGACAAAGCCCUGGAUAGAGAGGAGCAGCCUGAAUUCAGCUUAAUCCUCAUGGCUCUGGAUGGUGGCUCUCCACCUAGGUCUGGAACAAUCACAGUUCGAAUCCUGAUCAUGGACGUCAAUGACAAUGCUCCCGAGUUUGUGCAUACCCCAUAUGAGGUGCAGGUCCUGGAGAACAGCCCCUUAGAUUCCCCAGUCCUCAGCGUCUUAGCUAGGGAUGCAGAUGCUGGAAACUUUGGGAGUGUUUCCUAUGGCUUGUUCCAACCAUCUGAUGAGAUUAAACAAACUUUCUCAAUAAAUGAAAUCACAGGGGAAAUUCGACUGAGGAAGAAAUUGGAUUUUGAAAAAAUUAAAUCUUAUCACGUGGAAAUUGAGGCUAUAGAUGGAGGAGGCCUUUCUGGAAAAGGCACUGUGUUUAUAGAGGUGGUGGACGUGAAUGACAAUGCCCCAGAACUUACCAUAUCGUCACUCGCUAGCUCCAUCCCAGAAAAUGCUCCUGAGACCGUGGUUUCUAUCUUCAGAGUUCGAGAUAGAGAUUCUGGAGACAAUGGAAAGAUGACUUGCUCUAUUCCAGAUAAUGUGCCCUUCAUUCUAAAACCAACUUUCAAGAACUUUUACACCCUGGUGACAGAGAGCCCGCUGGACAGAGAGAGCAGAGCAGAAUACAACAUCACCAUCACAGUCACCGACAUGGGGACACCCAGGCUAAAAACCGAGCACGCCAUAACCAUCCUCGUCUCUGACGUCAACGACAACGCCCCUGCCUUCUGCCAAAUGUCAUACACGCUGUUGGUGCGAGAGAACAACAGCCCCGCCCUGCACAUAGGCAGUGUCAGCGCCACAGACAGAGACUCAGGCACCAAUGCCCAGAUCACCUACUCGCUGCUGCCAAACCAGGACCCGCACCUGCCCCUCGCCUCCCUUGUCUCCAUCAACGCAGACAAUGGGCAGCUGUUCGCGCUGAGGGCGCUGGACUUCGAGGCCCUCCAGGCAUUCGAGUUCCGCGUGGGCGCCACAGACCAAGGCUCGCCCGCGCUCAGCAGCCAGGCGCUGGUGCGCGUGGUGGUGCUGGACGACAAUGACAACUCGCCCUUCGUGCUGUACCCAAUGCAGAACGCCUCUGCGCCCUGCACUGAGCUGGUUCCCAGGGCGGCAGAGCAGGGCUACCUGGUCACCAAAGUGGUGGCGGUGGAUGGAGACUCGGGCCAGAACGCCUGGCUGUCAUACCAGCUGCUCAAGGCCACGGAACCUGGGCUGUUUGGCGUGUGGGCGCACAAUGGCGAGGUGCGCACCGCCAGGCUGCUGAGCGAGCGCGACGCGGCCAGGCACAGGCUGGUGGUGCUGGUCAAGGACAAUGGCGAGCCUCCGCUGUCUGCCAGCGUCACGCUGCACGUGCUUCUGGUGGAUGGCUUCUCCCAGCCCUACCUGCCGCUCCCAGAAGUGGCGCCCGACCGCGCGCAGGGGGACUCGCUCACUGUCUACUUGGUCAUCGCCUUGGCCUCGGUGUCAUCGCUCUUCCUCUUUUCUGUGUUGGUGUUCGUGGCGGUGAGGCUGUGCAGGAGGUGCAGGGCGGCGCCGCUGGGUGUCUUUUCUGUGCCUGAGGGCCACCUUCCUGGCCACCUGGUGGAUGUCAGUGGCACCGGGACACUGUCUCAGAGCUACCAGUAUGAGGUGUGUUUGGCUGGAGACUCUGGGUCUGGUGAGUUCAAAUUCCUGAAGCCAAUAUUCCCAAACCUCUUGGUUGAGCACGCUGGGAGAGAAGUUAAGGAAAAUUCCAACUGCAGAAAUAGUUUUGUAUUCACAAUGCAGACUGCUCUAGCAAAACCCCCGCAGAAAAGGCAAGUCAUUUUUCUUGCUAUGCUGUUGUUUUUGUGGGAUGCUGACUCUGAGGCACUUAGGUAUUCCAUUCCAGAAGAAAUAGAAAGUGGCUACUCUGUGGCCAACCUGGCAAAAGAUCUGGGACUCAGGGUGGGGGAGCUGGCCACUCUGGGCGCGCGAAUCCAUCACAAAGGCAGCAAACAGCUCUUGCAGCUCUAUGUAAAAACCGGCAAUUUGCUUCUACAGGAAAAACUAGACCGGGAGGUGCUGUGUGGGGCGACAGAACCCUGUAUAUUGCAUUUCCAACUGUUACUAGAAAACCCGGUGCAGUUGUUUCAAGUUGAUGUGCAUCUCAUAGAUGUAAAUGACCAUUCUCCAGAGUUCCUAGACAGGGAAAUGAUCCUUAGAAUCCCAGAGAGUGCCCAGCCAGGGACUGUGUUUGCUUUGAAAUCAGCUCAGGAUUUGGACAUGGGUAGCAACAGUGUUCAGAACUACACAAUCAGCCCCAACUCGUAUUUUCGUGUUGCUACUCACAAUCGUGAGGAUGGCAAAAAAUACCCAGAGCUGGUGUUGGAGAAAGCCCUGGACCGGGAGGAAGAGUCUGAGCUCAGUUUAACCCUCACAGCCCUGGAUGGUGGGGCCCCGCCCAGGUCUGGGACUGUCACAGUUCCAAUUGAGGUGGUAGAUAUCAAUGAUAAUGCCCCCAAAUUUUUACAGUCCCGGUAUGAGGUACAGGUUCCUGAGAACAGUCCCAUAAACUCGUUAAUUCUCAUUGUCUCUGCUCAAGAUUUAGAUGCAGGAACUCAUGGGAGUGUAGCCUAUUCUUUAUUCGAAGGUGAUGAAGUUUCUCAACCCUUUGUAAUACACGAAAAAACAGGAGAAAUUCGUCUGCAAAGGGCAUUGGAUUUCGAGGCAACUCAAUAUUAUAACGUGGAAAUUGUAGCCACAGAUAGUGGGGGCUUCUCAGGAAAAUGCACAGUGGCCAUAGAAGUGGUGGAUGUGAAUGACAAUGCUCCUGAACUAACCAUGUCCACGCUCAGCAGCUCUAUCCCAGAAAACUCCCCAGAGACUGUAAUUGUUUUCAGCGUUUCUGAUCCAGACUCUGGGGACAAUGGUAGGAUGGUUUGCUCCAUACAAAACGAUCUCCCUUUCUUCUUGAAGCCCACAUUUGAGAACUUUUACACCUUGGUGACAGAGAGGCCGCUAGACAGAGAGAGCAGAGCAGAGUACAAUAUCACCAUCACAGUCACUGACUUGGGGUCACCUAGGUUGAAUACCGAGCACAACAUAACUGUUCUCAUCUCUGACGUCAACGACAACGUCCCUGACUUCACGCAAACGACGUACACGUUGUUAGUCCGCGAGAACAACAGCCCUGCCCUGCACAUAGGCAGUGUCAGCGCCACAGACAGAGACUCAGGCACCAAUGCCCAGAUCACCUACUCGCUGCUGCCAAACCAGGACCCGCACCUGCCCCUCGCCUCGCUGGUCUCCAUCAACGCAGACAAUGGGCAGCUGUUCGCGCUGAGGGCGCUGGACUUCGAGGCCCUGCAGGCAUUCGAGUUCCACGUGGGCGCCACAGACCAAGGCUCGCCAGCACUCAGCAGCCAGGCGCUGGUGCUCGUGGUGGUGCUGGAUAACAAUGACAACUUGCCCUUCGUGCUGUACCCAAUGCAGAACGCCUCUGCGCCCUGCACGGAGCUAGUGCCCAGGGCGGCAGAGCAGGGCUACCUGGUCACCAAGGUGGUGGCGGUGGAUGAAGACUCGGGCCAGAACGCCUGGUUGUCAUACCAGCUGCUCAAGGCCAGGGAGCCAGGGCUGUUUGGCGUGUGGGCGCACAAUGGCGAGGUGCGCACCUCCAGGCUGCUGAGCGAGCGCGACGUGGCCAGGCACAGGCUGGUGGUGCUGGUCAAGGACAAUGGCGAGCCUCCGCUGUCUGCCAGCGUCACGCUGCACGUGCUGCUGGUGGAUGGCUUCUCCCAGCCCUACCUGCCGCUCCCAGAAGCGCCACUGGAGCGUGCGCAGGGGGACUCGCUCACUGUCUACUUAGUUAUCGCCUUGGCUUCUGUGUCGUCGCUCUUCCUCUUCUCUGUGCUGGUGUUCUUGGCGGUGAGGCUGUGCAGGAGGCACAGGGUGGACUCGCAGGGUGUCUAUUCUAUGCCUGAGGGCCACUUUCCUGGCCACCUGGUGGAUAUCAGUGGUACUGGGACCCUGUCCCAGAGCUAUCAGUAUGAGGUUUGUUUGACCAGAGACUCUGGGAAUAGAGACUUCAAGUUCCUGAAGCCUGUAUAUCCAAUCCUACCUCCUCAGAGCGCUAGAGAAGAAAACCAAAUGCAGACUGCUCUAGCAAAACCCCCGCAGAAAAGGCAAGUCAUCUUUCUUGCUAUGCUGUUGUUUUUGUGGGAGGCUGACUCUGAGGCAAUUAGAUAUUCCAUUCCAGAAGAAAUAGAAAGCGGCUACUCUGUGGCCAACCUGGAAAAAGAUCUGGGGCUCAGGGUGGGGGAGCUGGCCACUCGGGGAGCGCAAAUCCAUCACAAAGACAGCAAACAGCUCUUGCAGCUUGAUGUAAAUACUGGCAAUUUGCUUCUACAGGAAAAACUAGACCGGGAGGUGCUGUGUGGGGCGACAGAACCCUGUGUAUUGCAUUUCCAACUGUUACUAGAAAACCCGGUGCAGUUGUUUCAAGUUGAUGUGCAUCUCAUAGAUGUAAAUGACCAUUCUCCAGAGUUCCUAGACAGGGAAAUGAUCCUUAGAAUCCCAGAGAGCCUCCAGCCAGGGUCUGUGUUUGCUUUGAAAUCAGCUCAGGACUUGGACAUGGGUAGCAACAGUGUUCAGAACUACAUAAUCAGCCCCAACUCCUAUUUUCGUGUUGCUACUCACAACCGCGGUGAUGGCAGAAAAUACCCAGAGCUGGUAUUGGGCAAAGCCCUGGACCGGGAGGAAGAGCCUGAGCUCAGUUUAACUCUCACAGCGCUGGAUGGUGGGGCGCCGCCCAGGUCUGGGACUGUCACAGUUCGCAUUGAAGUGAUAGACAUCAAUGAUAAUGCCCCCGAAUUUUUACAGUCCCUGUAUGAGGCACAGGUUCCUGAGAACAGUCCCAUAAACUCGUUAGUUCUUGUUGUCUCUGCUCGAGAUAUAGAUGCAGGAACUUAUGGGCGUGUAUCCUACUCUUUACUAGAAGGUGAUGAAGUUUCUCAACCAUUUGUAAUACACGAAAAAACAGGAGAAAUUCAUCUGCAAAGAGCAUUGGAUUUUGAAGCAACCCGACAUUAUAUCGUAGAAAUUGAAGCAACAGAUGGUGGAGGCCUUGUGGGAAAAUGCACAGUGGCCAUAGAAGUGGUGGAUGUGAAUGACAAUGCUCCUGAACUAACCAUGUCCACACUCAGCAGCUCUAUCCCAGAAAACUCCCCAGAGGCUGUAGUUGCCAUUUUCAGCGUUUCUGAUCCAGACUCUGGGGACAAUGGUAGGAUGGUUUGCUCCAUACAAAACGAUCUCCCUUUCUUCUUGAAGCCCACAUUUGAGAACUUUUACACCUUGGUGACAGAGAGGCCGCUAGACAGAGAGAGCAGAGCAGAGUACAACAUCACCAUCACAGUCACUGACUUGGGGUCACCUAGAUUGAAUACCGAGUACAGCAUAACUGUUGUCAUCUCAGACGUUAACGACAACUCCCCUGACUUUACACAAACCUCCUAUAUGCUGUUAGUGCGCGAGAACAACAGCCCUGCCCUACACAUAGGCAGUGUCAGAGCCACAGACAGAGACUCAGGCACCAAUGCCCAGAUCACCUACUCGCUGCUGCCAAUCCAGGACCCACACCUGCCCCUCGCCUCGCUGAUCUCCAUCAACGCAGACAAUGGGCAGCUGUUCGCGCUGAGGGCGCUGGACUUCGAGGCCCUGCAGGCACUCGAGUUCCACGUGGGCGCCACAGACCAUGGCUCGCCUGCGCUCAGCAGCCAGGCGCUGGUGCGAGUGGUGGUGCUGGACGACAAUGACAACUCGCCCUUCGUGCUGUAUCCAAUGCAGAACGCCUCUGCGCCCUGCACCGAGCUGGUACCCAGGGCGGCAGAGCAGGGCUACCUGGUCACCAAGGUGGUGGCAGUGGACAGAGACUCGGGCCAGAACGCCUGGCUGUCAUACCAGCUGCUCAAGGCAACGGAGCCAGGGCUGUUUGGCGUGUGGGCGCACAAUGGCGAGGUGCGCACCGCCAGGCUGCUGAGUGAGCGCGACGCGGCCAGGCACAGGCUGGUGGUGCUGGUCAAGGACAAUGGCGAGCCUCCGCUGUCUGCCAGUGUCAUGCUGCACGUGCUGCUGGUGGAUGGCUUCUCCCAGCCCUACCUGCCGCUCCCGGAAGAGGCGCCAGAGCGCGCGCAGGGGGACUCGCUCACUGUCUACUUGGUCAUCGCCUUGGCCUCUGUGUCAUCGCUCUUCCUCUUCUCUGUGCUGGUGUUCGUGGCGGUGAGUCUGUGCAGGUGGCGCAGGGCGGCGCCGCUGGGUGUCUGCUCUGUGCGUGAGGGCCACUUUCCUGGCCACCUGGUGGAUGUUAGCGGCACUGGGACCUUGUCCCAGAGCUACCAGUAUGAGGUGUGUCUUGCUGGAAACUCUGGGUCUGGUGAGUUCAAGUUCCUGAAACCAAUAUUCCCCAAUCUCUUGCUUCAGAACACUGGGAACUAAGGAAAACCCCCAAAUAACUUUUAUAGUUUUGUAUUUAAUUAAUUAUUGUAUUUGUUUCAGUUAAUCUAUUAAUCUGGGCAACUAUUCUUACAAUACCUUUCUCAAAUAUUGAUAGCACUAUACCAACAAUAUUCUUUCUCUGGUAGUGCUUCAUAUAUAUAUUUUUUUUGUGUGUAUGGUUGGUAUUCAUUAUAAUUAGCAUUUAAAUGACACUAUUUAUGAGUAUGCGUUUUCUCCCCAUUUGACCUUCUUGGUGAAUACUAUUUCUCUAAGUAGAAAUUACUCAAAUAGUGCUCAAAUUUUAUUUUUAGCAACUUCUUAAAUUAGUUAAUAUUAAAGCUUUUAUGAAACCUUGAAUUGUUAUUACUUGUAGUGCCAGUGUUUACCAUAUAACUUCCUCUUUCAACUCCAGAGUGUUUGAAAUUUCGUUUUAUUUCAUUGGUGCUGGGUAUAGAUGCUCAAAUUUCCUGCAUGCUAAUCAAGCACGUAUUCCACUGAUCUUGAUACCCAGGUGAAAUUCUUUAUAUUUAUCUUGGCAUUUCUCAUUGAGUACACUACCAACUUAAGCUCUCUGAAGAAAUGUGAGCAUGAAACUUAGCAUACUUUUUUUCUCCCAAAUUGUAUAUAAAUAUUUACUUUGUUAAAAUGUCUCUAUACUAAAACUGUGGCCUGUUAUGAGCAACACAUGUUAGAGAUUAUCUUAAACAUUUGGUUACAGCAUAUCUACUGCAUUAUAUUUUCAUAAACAUUAAUAUUAAAUUAAAAAUAAUUCUCAUCUACAAAUACUAAAGAGAACAUCUUUGUAAUGUCUUAUUUGUUUCACUAAAUGAAACUGUUAAGGGGCUGAGGGCAUGACCCAAUGGUAGAGCAUGCAUGCAUAUAUGCUAAGCCUGGUUUCAAUUCCCAGCACCAACGCAAAAAAAAAAAAUUUAGAAAUUCUGUUAAAGAACAUCUUGGUAUAAUCCUUUAAAAAAUAAUCUUAGAAUCUGAAAUAAACCCUAAGCUUCUCCAAAGAAUUUGGGACUCCUGAGGGCAUCAUAUAUGUUCUUACCCUUUCCUCAAGUUUAAGUGUAGGAGACUUUUGUUUGUCAUUGUCACCACUAGGUAUGCAGUAACCAAAUAAGUAAUGUAAUAUCUAACAUCAUAUAUUAAAAUAAGUAAUAUUUUAUUUCUGAAUACAUUGGAACAGUAAUUAAUUUACCUGAAUUAUAAUUGUUUUUGUUGCAUUCAAUAAGCCAAGUAGGUGAAUUAUGUGAUUUCUAACUAGUAAAUUUAUAUGAAUAAAACUAUAAGAAAAUUUCUUUGGAGCUUUGGCAAAACAUGAACAACUGAAAAACUUGCUAUAAUCUAAACACAUUUGUGUUUUAAUCUCAAAUAUCAUUCUACUGGAGUUUACAGUACAUGAAUUUUUCCCCCGAGUUACUCUUUUUUUCCCCAAGUGAUAAAAUGAAAUUAAAAAGGUAAAUUACUUAACAUUUGUUAUUCUUGAAAUAUAAUUUUCCAAUUUGAGUUAGGAAGAGAGAAAAGUGAGAAAAGAAACACAAACAUGUAAGAUACAAAUAUAGAAGUCAAUGGUAAUGACUUCUCCAUUUAUUAGAAAUUUAAAUUAAAUAGUUUUUAUGUAUGAUAAUAAGAAAUAGGGUUGAAGGUUUUACCAAUAUAUUUCAACACACAAAAAUCCAAUUUCAUUUUUUUUUGUUUAUGCUAGGUUAGUCUAAUUUAUAUAAUCACCUAAAUGACACUGGACAAAUAAAACCCAUUCCACUUCAUCCUUGGAAAAAGAAUGGAUCAUUCCUUACCAAUCAGAGCCCAUCACAACAGAUCAACUUUUUGAAAUUCACUAAUUGGAAUUUAGCAAUAAACACUGUAAAAUUUCACAACAUGAUAUACCUCAUAAAAUGUGCCAGUUUGAUGGCCACAGGAAAAAAAUAUAGAAUGGAAGAAAAAUAUCUUAAUAAUAACACCCAUUUAAACAUUUUUUGUCUCUCAAAUAUACACAACUUUUGUAAUUCCUUUGCUGUUGUUUCAGGCACAGCAUGUAGUGAGUUCAGUGCAUUCUUUUGGGAAGCAAAUAGCACAGAUCACUCAGAUUGUCUCUUCAUAAUCAAAAGUUGCAAAAAUGUAUUUUUAAAAGUGUUAAGUUAAAACUCAUGAAUACAUUUGAUGGAAUUCUGCUUCCAGGUUAGAUGGAUUAUCUGGCAGCAAAAAGCAACCAUGAAAAUUGGCUAAAUAUCAGAAAUUACCUCUCUACAGCAACAGAGGUCAGAUGAUAGGAUAAGAAAUGAGUGGCUUAGGAUUUCUGAAAAGAAUGCUUUGGGAUGAGAACUAAGUCCUACAGUCAGUUUUCUUCCAAGGAAAUUUGCUAAGUCAGGAAACAAACAACAGAUGCUUAACAGGGACAGACUAACUUCCAUAGCCUUUAGUAGUCUGUAAGAUUCAAGCUCAGGAUCAGUUUCCCCAUUUAGGUCACUUGUCAAACUCAGCACAGCCCAGGGCAGAAGUCUAAAAACCCAAGUGGAAAAUUCUUAGAAAGCAGGAUGAAAUUUUCUUUACUAUUUGAAGAUUAGAGUUUGGGAUCUGCCAUGGGAAGAGGCAUAGAAAAUAUACCAAUUUUUCAAUUGACAAUUCUGUAGACAAGGUACUUUUUAGGAUAGCAAGGAACCUUGACUAAACUAAGUGUGUUUCACUUUAGCCCAAUUUGACUAGUUAGAGUUCUAUCAGGCCAACAGAGGAAAAAGUGAACCCUCCUGGUUCAAUAUCACUUUGAUCCUGGACAUCUUUUUACAUAAAUAUCGAGAAUUCAGUAAAAAGUUACAAGCCACCUACACACAAAACUGGAUGAUCUAAGUAAAAUCAAGAGAAAAAACACAAAACAAAUGACUUCCAGAUAAUCUAGAUAGUAGAAUUAAUGUUAGAAUAAGCAUGAAUAAUAUAUCAAAAAUAAGGAACAAUAGAGAAAAUAGAUGUAAAGAGAAUUUCACCUGACAACUGAAAUCUUAAAAUGGACAUUCAUUCUUUAGCUGCAAAAUUAUAAUAUUUGAUGUAAAACUGUUGAAAUAGUUUAAUGUCAUAGAUAUAAAAGACUACAGGAUUAGUGGAAGUGAAACAGAUCAAUAUAAAAUAUUCAAAUAGGAACCCAAAAAUAAUGAAAAACAACAUUAAUGAAAAACUCUAACUUACAUAUGAUUGUAAUCCUAGAAGGAUAAGAGGGAGUAGAGUGGUAAUAAGCAGUAUUUGAACAGUUAAUGACCAAGAAUUUUCCAAAAUUGUGUCUUUAAAUCUUCAAGAUACUCAGAGAAACCCAAUCAGGAUAAAAAUUUUUAAAAAGUCCAAAAAUCAAAACCAAAAGUCAAGAUACAAGUCAAAGAGAAAAAAAAUCUCAAAAGCUAUCACCUAAAAUAUCACAUAUUACUUUUAAAGAAGCAUGGGUAAAACUAACCUUCAACAUGUUAUCUUUUAAAGACAAGAAAAUUAUUAAUAGACUAUAAUUCUAUCACCAGCAAACAUUUCCCUCAGCAAUGAAGUUGUCAAAGAAGCAAAAACUGACAGAGUUAAUCACAGUCACACCUGCACUAGUGGAAAUACUUCCAGUGGAAUUCAUUAGGCAGAAAGAAAACAGUCCUAAAAAGAUCACAGAUUUGCAGGAAGAAAUAAAAAGACAGGAAGGGUAAAUAUAAAUGAGUAUUGAUUUAAUGUUGAUUAUACUGGGCACUAUUAGUAGUUUCUUUAAGGAUUUAAAAUAUGCAUUAAUGUUGGGGUCUGUAAACAGGUCAAGAUGGCGCCUGGCAUUUUGCCAGAGGGGGUGGUUUGUGAAGUAACGCCAGCGAGCCAUUAAGUGUGGAGAUUCCUUAUUGGUUGACUGCUGUAUCUAGUUUAUGUUAAUCAAGAUAAGCUGUGUGUAAUGUGUAUAUACCCCUCCGGUCCUACAAUAAAUGGCUCCUACUCCUGCUGUAUCAAUGUACACAAGUUGUUCGUCACCCCCCCCCCCCCCCGGUUAUUUUGCUGCAGCCGGACUGUGGCACAUUAAAUUUAAGUUCAUAACAACAACAACAAUGUGAGAGGUAGAGGCACAGAUUUGGAGAGUUCUAAUGUUUUAAUUAAAAUUAUGGUGAUAUUCAGAUCAAUAAUUUGUAUUAGAUUCUUAUAGAUCAAAGAUCAUGCUGUGAUUUCUUGAAUAGCCUCUUAAAGAAUAACUAAAAAUCUAUUUGAUGGGAAAUUUUUAUAUAACAAAUAUUUGAAUACCAAAAGAAGAACAAAAUUUCUGGGAUAAGUAAAAAAUAAUUAGAUGUUAAUUAUAGAUGGGCAGAUAUCAAAUAUUACAUUAAUAAUACAAUUAAGCUAACAGUAUUGUACACCAGAUUUAAGAAAAACUCAAUAUUGCUAUCAUAUGUAUGUGUAUGUGAUAGAACACAGAAAAUUGAAAGUUUAAAAAUGGAAUAAGGUAUGUACUACAAAUACUAGCCUUUUAGUGUAGCUAUAUUCACAAAAGACCAAGGAGACUUUAAGGAAAGAUACAUUGCUAGGAAGAGAGAUGUUUUAUAAUAAUAUGAAAAUAUAACAGAAAUAUGUGAGAAAUAUUUCCCCAUAAGAAAUAUUUUUACUACAGAGUUAAAAAAAGUCAAAUUGAUGAAGUACAAAUGAAAAGUAGACAAACCACAAACCUCUCAAUUCUGAUAGAAUAAGAAGACAAAACACAUAUGUGCCCCUGUAUAUACACACAUACACACAUACAAGAAUAUUGAAGAUAUCAAUAACACAAAACAUAUUUAAACACAUCAACAUCCAUAGCACACUCAUGCAUACACAAUUUUGUUACACAUAUUUGAAAUAUGAAAAUUUCCCAUAUUCUGGGUUAUAAAACAAGCCUCAUUUUAAAAUAAAAGACAUUGAGAUGACUCAUUAUACUUUUUGACUGCAGCAGAAUAAGGAAAAAAAUGAAAAUAUGACAAAUCCCCAAAUGCUUCAAAAUUAAUUAAUAAAACCCAAAUCAAAUUUGAAAUCACAGCAGAAAUUUCCAAACAUUUUCAAAUAUGCAAAGUUUAAGAACUGACGCAUAUACUCCACUGAACUUCUAUUCUGUCUUCCCCUUAGUGUGGAUUAACUUCCACAUAUUAGAGAAUACAUUUGAACUUUAAUUUUUUUUGGAUUGACCUAUUUCACUUAGCAUGAUAGUCUCCAAUUGAUCCAUUUACUAGCAAAUGUCAUAAAGUCAUUUCUAUGUAUGUCUGAUUAAUACCCUGUUUGUAUAUAUGCCACAUUUUCUUUAUCCAUUCAUCUGUUGGGCACCUAGGUUGGCUCCAUAGCUUAUUGUGAAUUGUGCUGCUGUAAACAUUGAUGUGGCUGUAUUACUGGAGUAAGUUGAUUUUUAAUCUGUCAUAAUCUUCAUAUGUAUGUACAUGAAUAAACCACAGCGAAUCUCACCAUUGGGUACAUGCAACAAGAAAUUAAUUUAAGAAAAAAAAUUAUGGAUAAAUGGCAAAAAGAUCAAUAGAGGGAAGAGGGAAGGGGAAGGAGAGGUACUGGGGUCUUAAUUAGAACAAAAUAUAUUCAGUGCUUGUAUAAUAAUGUCAAAAUGGAUUCUAAUGUCAUGUGUAACUAAAAAGAACCAAUAAAAAAGAAUUUUGCAAUGAAAUGGUGUACAAAAUUAAAAAAAAUUUGACAUACAGAAUUUGAGAAUUUAAAAUCUUUAAUGCACACAUUAGAGAAGCAAGACUGAAAAAUCAUGUAAGUUUUCAUGUAAAGAAGCAAGAAUAAUAAUAGCAAAUCAAAUGCAAAGAACAAAGGUUGGGCUGGGGAUAUAGCUCAGUUCGUAGAGUGCUUGUUUAGCAUACACAAUGCCCUGGGUUCAAUCCCCAGCCCCCACCCCCUCCCCACACACAAGAACAAAG